AUGUCUGAAGAAUUUGUUAGCCAACGAACCCUGCCAAAAUCUAAAAAAUGGUGGAAGAAUGUUCAAACUGAAAGGCCUUUAAAAAGCAAUACAAAACCAAAAUCUGAUUGGAAUUCAAAAAUGAAAAAGAAAAAUAUGGAAAAGCAAGUUCGAGCUUUGCAAGAAGAAAUUCGUCAAAAAUUGGUUGAUGAAAAGAAAGAAAUUAUACAGACAAAAAAGGAAAGAGAAGAACGUCGAAAACAAAAUUUAUUAAAAUCAGAAAUUGUGCAAGUAAUUAAAAAUCCUGCACGGUUAAAACGGAUGAAAAAGAAACAGCUUAGAAUGAUCCAAAAACGAGAUAUUACAAAAGACAUGCUGGACGUGUGCCUAACUCAGGACCCCGGAUUUUCCUCCCUUGAGGAUUUGGCGCUCGCCAACGGAAAUGGGCAACUUUGCGCGCAUCUUUUAGGUCGCAGUGUGAAAGACGUCGAAUUAAUCCGCCAAAUCUCUCGUUCACUCAUUUGGUUUACUUAUCGUCGUAAUUGGCCUUCACCAAUUGGUGGCUCUGGAGGCCCAACUACUGAUAUUGGAUGGGGUUGUAUGAUUCGUUGUGGGCAAAUGCUUUUUGCACAAACCCUCUUAGCUCUCCAUUUAGGCAAAGAUUGGCAAUUUUUAUUACAGAAACAAGAUGUUGAAGCUUUGGAUAUUUAUAAACGUAUUUUGCGUCUCUUUCAAGAUAAACGGACAGCUUUAUAUUCAAUUCAUCAAAUUGGUAAACAAAUUGGCGAAUGGUUGGGACCUAACACAAUGAGCCAAGUUUUAAAGAAAUUGGUUGUUUUUGACAAUUGGUCACAGAUUGUGGUUCAUGUAGCAUUAAAUAAUGUUUUAAUUUCCUCUGAUGUUCGAAUUGUAGCAGCACAAAAGACUUCUAAUAAAUUAAAUAAUAGCCAAAAUGAUAGCAUCCAAGAAGAUAAUUUUGAUCAAAUGGAGGAUGAAGAAAUGGAGGAGGAUGAAGAGAAUACAAAUAAUUGGAAGAGACCUCUUUUAUUGAUGAUACCUUUACGGUUAGGGCUUGAUUCAAUUAAUUCUUGCUAUUCAACUGCAAUUUUUGAAUGUUUUAAAUUGCCACAAUUUGUUGGAAUUUUGGGUGGUAGACCUAGACAUGCUGUUUAUUUUUAUGGAACUGUUGGUGAUAGGUUACUUUAUUUGGAUCCACAUUUUUGUCAAGAUUUUCAAGAUUUGGAUAUUUCUUCACAGCAAUCAACAAGUUACUCUCAACCUUCUGAAGAACCAGUAAUUGUUUCUUCGCCAGAUGAAUUAAUGGUAAUAUCUGACAACGGAGAAAAAGAAAUAAACAAUAGAAGAUCAUCAUUAAAUAUUCAAAAUCAACAAAGACCAUCACUUUUUGAAUUGUCUUCUUCAGCUGGGCCUUCUUCUGAAUAUGUAAAUCUUCGUUCAGCAUCUUCUUCAUUAGUUGCUGUAGCUACAUCUUCAGUUUCCUCAUCUCCUUCACGGCAUGAUAAAAACGAAAAUAAUACCGGCGGUGUCACUUCAAACAAUUUACUUGCCUCAUCUUCUCCCUCUUUCCGCGGGUGUUCUUCCUUAAACUGUUCUCCACAUUUAAGUAGUGUUUGUAGUAGUUCAUCCAUUGAUGACCAAAAUAAUAAACAACAAAAUAUUGACACAAAUAUUUCAAUUCCAACUUCUUGUAUUUCUACUAAGCAUUCAUCUCCACAUCAAUCAACAUCCUCAUCUCGAAAUGAAGGGAUUUUAAGACGUAUUCGGUCUGAAGUAUCAACAGUUCCAGCAGUUGUCGAUUCAAUUCUUGAUCGUUUUAUUUCGAUAUUUGCUGACAAAAAUAAAAAUGAACAAAAAACUAAUUUUUAUGAUGAAGAAGUAAUUCAAAUUGACAAAGACGAUGUUGGACAUUCAACAAAUCAAAAUAUAAAUAAUAAUACAAUAUUGGCAGACGGGUUUAAUAACUUUGAUGAUUCUUCUUUUCACUGCCCUCAUCUUCUCUCAAUGGAUUUUAAAUCCUUAGGUUUGUUUUUAUCGUUUUCUUUUAUUUUCACAACAUUUUUAGAUCCAUCUCUUGCACUUGGUUUUUUGGUUAGAGAUUCUUCUGAUUAUGAAAAUUUAAUUGAAAGACUUGAGCACUCUUUAUUACCAAAAUCUUCUCCACCUCUUUUUGAAGUUCUUGAAACCCGUCCAAAAGGAUGGCCACCAUUUUCUCUCGAACCUUCUUACCAAAAUGAAUCAAUAAAUAUUAAAGAAUAUGAUGAUUUAUUAUAUGAUAGUGAUGAACAAUUUGAAUUAUUAAAUGAAGAAUAAAUGAAUUUAUGUAAAUAAAAGGAAUGAAAUGCUUUCUUUAAUUUACACCGGGUUUCGAAAAUAUAUACAUACAUGCACUUUUU